CAACAAGACCCCGCUGAGCAAAAAGUGGCACACAAGACCCAUCUAACUUCAAGCUUGAGAACGGUUGUAUCCUCACCAAUCCUCCUCACGUCGCGUUUUCUGUGGAUCCCGCGGGUAUGUCGGUGCUCAACUGCGCUGUCGACUCUCAAACUACCUGCGAAAUCAAGCGUGUGGAGUUGCGAGAUUGUAUAUCCACAUCUCGGACUUCAGGACUACCAAGAAACCCCGAGUUGCAAGAAAUCUCCAUCACGCAAUAUCGCCCGGGACUCUCAUCAAUCAUAGGACUGCGACCGUCCUACUCCCUGCUGCUCUCAACGUCAGACUCCUCCAAGAACCCCUUGUUUCGUGGGGCUUGUAUCUACGUACGCCAGCGAACACCCGACGAAUUGUGGAUUACCUCAGACCUACUGGCUACCCGCACAUCCCAACAGUCUGUGAUCCUAAUCUCAAAAGUGCAGCUUCUCCGGGAUGACUCAGGGUCCGUCUCUUCUGUCCGAUGGCUGAAGCUCCGCCCCCCUCCCAACAUGCCGAUGCCGGCUGGAGGGAGCCAUUAUCGUGACGGCAUGCUGUUUUGCUCCCAGGGCUCUCAGUCAAGAGGGACCGGUGGCCUCUACUACAUGCCACGGAAUGAGCCGCCGGAACCGGUUGCAACCAGCUACUUUGGCCGUGACUUCAACUCGGUGCAGGAUGUUGUGGUCUCAAGCGACGGCUCACUGUGGUUCACCGACUCCUGCGACGGAUUUGACAAUGACUUUAGGCCAGAGCCCCAGCUCCCAUGCCAUGUGUACCGAUAUGACCCAACAACUGGAGACCUGCGGGUCAUGGCUGAUAAUCUGGGCCGCCCGCAUGGCAUUGCGCUCAGUCCUGAUCAGAGCAUCGUCUACCUCUCUGAUAUGACUCCUCUGCGUGCGACAGACAGCGCUGCUCAGGAUUCAUUGUCUCGGGGAGCGAUAUAUGCUUUCGACAUAGUGCUCCGCUGUGGAUCUCCUUUCCUCGCAAACAAGCGUGUAUUUGCAUACGCGCUCACCGGCCGACCCAUGGGAAUCAUGUGCGACGAGAGCGGCAAUGUCUAUGCAGGCUGCUCAGGAGGCGUAGAGAUUUGGAACCCUGGUGGUUCGGUCCAGGGAGUCAUCGAGGUUCCUGGAGGUGUGACGAGCCUCUCACCAGGCAGAGAAGGCGAGCUCUUUCUCUGUUCAGGUCAGCGGCUUUGGAGGAUGCAGUUUACCUUUUAAGGGUGGGAAGAGUAACCCUUCGCAGCGUGAGAAGUAUACCCUACGUAACGAUUGAGUUCAGACCACCCAUGGACCCUUCCAUCGUGGGAAUCAACGUCGUAACCGCGUUCACUUAGAGGAUUUAAGAUUGUCAGUCGUUGAUUGUCGAGCUGUCAGUAUCUUGGCCCUCAGGACAUCAGAUGGAUCAUGGACGUCCUGGCCCUGGAGACAUUCAGCGACCCACAUAAGCUUGGACCAAUCAUCGAUGAUGUGUUAGGCGUGCACCUGCCAAGAAUGCACGUUGCGAACUGACAAGAUCCUCCGAUCUCGGAGCAGGAGUCAAUUGGUUGUUGCUGUCCUGGGCUUU